CGGUUCAAUUAAAUAUACUAUAAAAACUUGUUGUCAACUGUUAAUACUUUAGUUUCAAAAUUGAAAAUAACAUCACAAAAUUUGUAACAAUGUUAAAAGUUAUUUGUCUCUUUAUUCUACUCAUUGCUGUUUCAAAUGCAGCAGUACGAGAGAUCACUUUUAAUUCAGGAAAUAUUAUUCAAGGUAAAUUUGCUACUGGUGUAACUUUAACAAAAAAUAGUAAAGGCCAAACUGUAAUCGAAUGGAAAGAACAAUUUGACAGUGAUAAUGCUUUGACAAUUUAUCUCAGCCACAUUUAUGAAAAAACCGGAAUUGUAGAAGUAGUUGAAGUCAGUAAUCUAUGCUCUAAUUAUGAAAGAGGUUCUUUCGCGGAUAUCAUUAAGCAUUUUCUAUUAAGAAAGUUUAGAGGCACCAAUAAGUGUCCACUAAAGAAGGGUAAAAUAACAAUUAAGUAUCCACUAACUAACACGUACGAAGCAUCAAGUGAAGCUAAAAAUUGUGGUCCAAUUGUAUCAAACAUGCACGUUGUUAGAAGUAAGAAACCUGGUUCUAACGAUGCUCCCUUGUUAUUCAGUGCACAACUUAGAGGAGAAAUAUCUGGCGAGGGUUGUUAAUUAUAUUGUAAUGUCGAAGAAAAAUGUGUAUCUUAAAAUAUUGUCAAAUGUAAUUAUAAUUAAUUGAAGGGAA